AUGGGUUUUUUUUGGGCAGGAUAUGAUGCUAAAGUGGAAUCAACUAAUUGUUCAAAUAAUAUCUCUAAAAAAUCUAAUGAAAAUUGCCCUAUAUUUAAGUUAGAAAGUAAAAAUGUAUGUCCCUCUAGAAAAGAUGAAGAAAUUAAUCCUCUUAAUAAAAUGCCUAAAGAGCUUCCUCAGACGAUGGGUUAUAAUCAGAAGAAUAUACUUUCUACACGGCGUACAAUGUCAUCAAUUCCUAGAAAUGAUAUUAAUGAAAAUUGGGAGUAUCCUUCACCACAACAAAUGUAUCAUGCAAUACUUCGAAAGGGAAAAAAAGAUGUUUCAGAGGAAGCUGUAGAGCCUAUGGUGGAAAUACAUAAUUUUUUGAAUGAAAGUGCAUGGAAUGAAAUAAAAAAAUGGGAAGAAAGACGUGGAUGUUAUAAUCCUAAGUUAUCACAUUUUAAGGGACGAGCAUCUGAUUAUACACCAAAGUCUUUAUUAUUUUAUUAUAUUGGAAAAAUUUAUCCUUCAAAAUUUGGAUCAUCUUUACCUUUUGAUAGGCAUGAUUGGUAUGUUUCUCGUAAUGGAAAAAUUGUUCGGUAUGUAAUUGAUUAUUAUGAUGCACCUCCAGAACCUUCGGGUGAAGUAGCAUUUUAUUUGGAUGUAAGACCAGCUAUCGAUACACCAGUUGCAGCAUAUGAUAGAAUUAGUGUAUGGACAUCUAAAAUAUGGGCUCGAUUAUUUGAAAAUUCUGGAAAUUUACAUUCAUGA